GAAUGUUGUGUACCUGCAGACUAUAUGGCAUAAAUGGAUAUAAGUUCCCUCUGGUACAUAAAGAAGAUCGAAAAUAAUAUCAGCUGUCAAGCUCUUACCGGCUGUGCAGCACGUUUUACAAUCUUCAAUGAUACCUGGACUUCUGCCUUGCGUCUCUGCUUCCCUGCACUUGGGUCCACCGCGUCUUUGCCUUGCCUUCACUAGCCCCUGAAUGUGAUGACAUUCUCAGUAAUUUUACAGAGCUCGUAUUUCAGUGGUCUCGCCAUCCGGUUGGGAUGCAUCGGAGCAGACGAAUGACCUGGUGGAGCUUGAGGCGGCGAAGCCAUGACACAGCAUCUUCGAGGAUUGACGUACCGAAGAGACGCCACGGUGUCUACAAGCUUGUCAGCCACAGAUUGGCUUUGUCCUACAGCACGUGAAACGUCAAACACGCGAACUCGUGCGGCGGGAGAAAACCCGUUGCGCUCUCGUGAAUCACAGCAGCGUUGUAUUGACGACGUCAAAAGCACCCGGCAAAUAAUGUUUCUGAAUUCAUACACCCCUCGGGAUGGAGAUGCAGCUUGGCAUCACUGAGGGAAGCUGCCGGAUAUGUCGGCGGCCGUCGUGGAAGUGCUUACUCAUGCGUGGGCUUUACGCGCACACCCGGACCUCCGCGCACACAUACACUGUACGUCCUGUUGGAACGCCCGCCGCUGCCCUCUGCACAGACUGGACGCACUGCUGUGUUUGAGCAGAAUUCCCAUUGACUGCUUGAUAGCAUUUCUCUCUGUGUUAUGUUUGUCACAGCGGAGGCUUUGGCUAUUAGUUUGUAUAACGCGCAACCGCGCGGAGGUUCGUCUCCCUGCUCCCGCGACUCAGCAGAAUGCAUAAAGAUCGGAAUCAUCUGGAAUUUGAUGAAGGCCGUUAUUUGGGCCUGCGAUGACGGCGAAGAAAAAGCGUGACAGGGAAAUUGAUUCGACGGCAAGGUUUGCUCAUCUCUGUCCUGACCUCUCGGUACGAGAAAGAAGAAGAAAAGAAUGAACACCACUCGCUCCAAUCAGCUCAAGAAUGAACCGGGUAGAAGCCCACCCCCCACCCCCCACCAGUUCGCAUACGGAACCGCCAUAUCCAGCCGACUGAAGCGAGGUCAUGCUGCAAGGUUCCUGGGACCCAAUGGGCCUCAACCACAAUCCGGAGUUCUGACCCGUCUCAGCACUUUGGCCUGAAAGGAUGUGAGCUGCGGCGGAAAACGGGGGAAACUCAAGCAGUAACUCGUCAUCACGUGGCCGCUAUGGACGGACGGCUCCACUGAUACCAGACUGCGCUGGCCCUGUUUGGACGUAGACGAUGGUGUUGUUCCUGAUCGGGAUCUCUGCAGUCGUGAACAUUUCAUCUUCUGACAACCAAACGGCAGGUAACCCCAGCCACCAGGGUGCUCAUGUGCUCCCCUCCACGUUGAUUUUGUCUCUUGUGCUCAUUUUUGCCAUCCUAGUGACCAUCUACUGCCUCAGGUUCAAGAACCAUAGGAAAGCUCUGGUUACCUCGGUGGAUAAAAAGCUUCCAAAUGGCUUCCUGGAGGAACAAGGAGAGCAAAGAGUGGUCCUCCUCCCCCGAUCCCCCUCACCCUCCAAGAGGUACUUCCCCAUCCCGCUGGACGCGCUGGAGGAGGAGUACCGCGUGCGCUCGGCCGACGACGGCAAGCUCUUCCGUGAGGAGUUCAAUUCGCUGCCGUGCUACUACCGCCACGGGUCCUUUGAGGAGGCCAGCAAGGAGCACAACAGAGACAAAAACAGAUAUCCCAACAUUUUACCAUACGACCACUCAAGAGUGGUGUUGAGCAGUCACGCCGGACAUGUGUGCUCAGACUACAUCAACGCGUCUUACAUAGAUGGUUUCAAGCAAAAGAAGAAAUUUAUUGCCGCUCAAGGUCCAAAGCUGGAGACGGUGGCCGACUUCUGGCGGAUGAUUUGGGAGCAGAAGACGGCAACCAUAGUGAUGCUGACCAAUCUGAAAGAAAGGAAAGAGGACAAAUGCUUCCAGUACUGGCCGGAAAAAGGCUGCUGGAUGUACGGCAACGUCAGGGUGGCGACGGAGGACGUCACUGUGCUGGUUGACUACACCGUUCGGAAAUUCUGCAUUCAAUAUCAGGGCAGUGAUGGGCCGCGGGCCCCGUGCCUGGUCACUCAGCUCCACUUCACCAGCUGGCCGGACUUCGGGGUCCCGUUCUCGCCCAUAGGCAUGCUGAAAUUCCUCAAGAAGGUCAAGUCUGUCAACCCGUCCUACGCCGGACCCAUUGUGGUGCACUGCAGCGCGGGCGUGGGGAGGACGGGCACGUUCAUUGUCAUUGACAGCAUGAUCGACACGAUGCACACGGAGCAGAGGGUGGACGUCUUCGGCUUUGUGAGCAGAAUACGGGAGCAGCGCUGUCAACUCGUCCAGACCGACAUGCAGUACUCUUUUAUCUACCAAGCCCUGUUGGAGUACUACCUGUACGGCGAUACCGAGCUGGACGUGUGCUCUCUGGAGGGACAUCUGCACAGGCUUCACAACACCAGGGCCCCCCACGACAGACUGGGCCUGGAGGAAGAGUUCCGGAAGCUGACCAACGUGCGCAUAAUGAAGGAGAACAUGAGAACGGGGAACCACCCAGCCAACAUGAAGAAGAACCGCGUGCUUCAGAUCAUCCCAUAUGAUUUCAACCGAGUCAUACUUUCAGUGAAACGAGGGCAGGAGUUCACCGACUACAUCAAUGCCUCCUUUAUUGACGGCUACCGGCAGAAGGACUAUUUCAUCGCAACCCAGGCCCCCCUGUCUCACACGGCGGAGGACUUCUGGAGGAUGGUGUGGGAGUGGAGGUGCCACUCGAUCGUUAUGCUCACUGAACUAAAGGAGAGGGAGCAGGAAAAGUCUUUCCAGUAUUGGCCAUCAGAGGGCAGUGUGGCAUUUGGAGAUUACACGGUGGAGCUGAGUGGAGACUCGCGGGGCGAAACCUUCACUCUCAAAGACUUGGUCCUCACCUGCAGACCAGAGAACCGCUCUCAACACGUCCGUCAUUUCCACUUCCACGGUUGGCCCGAGAUCGGGAUACCGGCGGAGGGCCGGGGCAUGAUCGACAUCGUGGCCUCGGUGCAGAGGCAGCAGCAGCAGUCCGGAAACCGUCCCAUCGUGGUGCACUGCAGCGCCGGCGCCGGUCGGACUGGCACCUUCAUCGCCCUCAGUAACAUUUUGGAGCGGGUGAAGGCCGAAGGGCUGCUGGACGUCUUCCAGACCGUCAAGAGUUUACGCAUGCAGCGGCCGCAUAUGGUGCAGACCGUGGAGCAGUACGACUUCUGCUACCGAGUGGUGCAGGAUUUCGUCGACAUCUUCUCAGACUACGCCAACUUUAAGUAACGCGCUCGCUCCUCCCAUCUGCUUAGCAAUGAACUUAUGCAAUUGACUUUUUUUUUUUUGUUGUUG